CGGCAGCUGAACUGCGCAAGUGGGAAGAGGAGGAAGCCGCCCGCCAGCAGGAAAUGCAACGCCAGCUGGCAGAGGCAGAGGCAGCACGUCAGCGGGCCGCAGCAGAAGCUGCAGCAGCCACACGGUUGCAACAGCAGCAGGUCAAGGCAAGUCAAAACCAGGCUCGUUAACAAGCCACGAUGGACCUUGCUCGCGACGAAGCCACGUACGCAAGGCUACUUCGACGACAGCAUUUCCAAGAGACCGAAGGACAAGAACGGCCAACCGACGAAGAAAGGGACAAGGAGGGGACAGCAAUUCUAAUGGAGACUCUGCUGUACACAUGCAAUUGGCAGCAACGUGAACUGCUCGCCAUGCCGCAGGUCCUCAUCCGCCAUGAAACAACACACAAGGCAAUGGACAAGAGGAUCGCGACCCUGCUGACCGAGAACAGCAUACGACAUGCCGCCAACAGCCAGCAGCAGACACUCAACCACCAAUUGCAGACCAAUGUCAGCAUGGGGUGGGCACAACUGUCGGCAGCUGCGUCAACAGGCAGUGCAGCGGUAGACUGCAGCCCAGCUUUGGCCGCGCAGGCCAAGCAACUCGAGGAGCGGAUCAACCACUUGGUCACAUCCCUCGGUGACAUCAGCAAGUUUGCUGGAGCGUCGACAGUCAGCAAUCAGCUGCAGACGCUCAGCGACCGCGUUGACCAACGACCGGCCGCUGCCGCCAAGGAAUGGAAAAUGCCGAACUUCAAGAUCGAGAAGUUCGACGACUAUCACAAGAUUGAUCCGCUGCAAUGGUGGAUGGCUUUCAACGCAGAGGCGGAUGUACAUCAUACACCCGCCCAUCGGCGGCUUGACGCACUCUACCUCCAACUCAUCGGAGGGGCGCAGGCUUUCAUGACACACAUGGCCGUCACUAUGGAAUGCACCAUCGCCAACCUCCACACGAAGAUCACGUGGGAGGAAUUCGAGAAGACAUGGAAGACUCGAUUCAUGGUCAACAACGACAAACGACACGCCAUGAACAAGAUAUUCCGCAUUUACCAAGGCCAGCAGACGCCACGGGAGUGGCUGACGGAGUGGCAAAGACUAGUCGCCACCCCGGAGUUGAACUUACCAUUCGGCGCAAUCCGGGCAGAAUUCUUCGCCCGGUCAUGCGACGCCUUGACUGCUGCCUUGGGUACCGAGUUUCAAUAUGAGACCUUUGACGAUCUGAUCUCAAAGGCAAGAGAGCUUAUCCAAGGUCACCGGCGUGCGGCCAAUGAGACCCGCCAACAGCCCGGUUGCAUGGAUAAAGGCAAGGGUCAACGGAUGCCGCAAGUAGCAGCAGUCCAGCAAGGGACAAGUGAGGACCCCGCACCCGCGUCUACAUCAAGUGACGGAGAUAUGGCGGCAGCGAUACCACCGCAACGCUCGAGACCCCGAGGGGGAAAACAAAAGGCGAAACCAGCGUUGGCGGAUGGAGCACGACAAGCACCAUGGACAAAGUUUGGCAUUGGCGAAGACAUGUUCAAGUUGCGACAGAAAUGCACCGCGGGAAGUGCAGCGACAGCAUUUCCCAGCCCGCCGGAGUCGGCUGCCUUGCUAGCAGCCUCUCUCACAUCCGGGGACACCGCGGUAGUUGCAAGUUCUCACGUUGAGUUUGAGAACUAUGAUGUCGAGCUGGUCCCACCGUUGAACCAGCCUCUCCACGUGCAAGAUUCAAGCGCAUGCGCGGUAGUUCCGUCGUCGGACAACGAACCGGUUGCUUCGCCAGCCCUUCUAUCGGAGGAUCCGUCAACUUGGGCGAGUCUUGAGGAACUCGAUCCGUUGACGAUUGAGGACUUCCAAUGGUUGUCUCUUCCCUCCACCGGUUCUUUGCCAACUCCGCAUUGCAAUGCCUUAAUGGCACAUCUGCGCGAAUACUUGCACGCUGCAGUACCACCUCCGUCGACGGACGGCGGAGUAGCGGUUGUUGAUCUUUGUAACUAUCUUGCGAAGAUCGACCGCGAGUACGCAACGCAACGGUACGUCGACAACGACACGCCGCUCCUCUACAUCCGCAUUCAUAUCGGAAAGGCGACCUGCAGUGCCUUGAUCGAUUGUGGAGCGACUCGCAAUUACAUCAGCCAAGACUUCAUGACACGCGCCGGGCUUGGCCCGCGCGUUCGAAGGAAAAGUCAGCCUACGCACGUCACGUUGGCCGAUGGUCACACGCAAAAGUCAAUCGACCGAUGCGUUGACUCGGUGCCCGUGUACUUUGGCCCUCUAGCAUGCGAGGCCGUGUCUUUCGACAUACUCCACACCAAGUUCAAUAUGAUCCUAGGCAUGUCGUGGCUGCAAAGCGAAGACUAUCCGGUGAACUUCCAUCGACGCACCAUUCACGUUCGUGAUCGGCGUGGCGAACUAAUCCCGUCUAUGAGGAUGUCUUCCAAGCUCCCGCCGGAGUCGUACCAGAUCGGCCCAUACGCCACUGGAUCACUCUGUGUCAUACCUCCACGCGGAUGUAUCUACCGCAUGAGCGAAGAGGAACUUCAAGUGCUUCCGGCACAACUAGACGACCUCUUGGCCAAGGGCUGGAUUCGCCCUAGCUAUUCGCCAUACGGUGCUCCCGUUCUCUUCGUCUGGAAGAGGAACAAGGACCUUCGUUUGUGCAUCGAUUAUCGAAAACUUAACGCGCAAACGAUCAAGAACCCUGGCCCCCUCCCUCGAAUCGAUGAUCUUCUCGAGCGACUAGGCGGCGCCAAGUACUUCUCAAAGCUUGACCUAAAGUCCGCAUAUCACCAGAUCGAGAUCCAGCCAAGAGACCGGUACAAAACCGCGUUCAAGACGCGAUAUGGGCACUUUGAGUGCGAGGAAUUCCGCGACUCACCAAAGCUUGACCUUUUGCACCUCGAGCACCUUCGCGCCGUAUUGGAGCGGCCCGCUAUCGCCAAGUACAAGGCGAACCGCGACAAGUGCGAGUUUGCCCAGCAAGAGCUGGAGUACUUAGGCCAUUACGUUACGCCGCAAGGCAUUCGUCUGCUCGCGGACAAUGUACAAGCCAUUCAAGAUUGGCCGGACCUCAAGUGUACCACCGACGUCUGCUCCUUUCUCGGCUUGGCAUCAUACUACAUGCGCUUCGUCAAAGGAUUUCAACGCAUCGCUGCACCAUUGACGCGACUUCAGUCCCCCUUGGUGCCCUUCGAGUUCAGCGACGAAGCCCGACAUGCAUUUCACACGCUGAAGACGGCUUUGCUUCAAGCUCCCGUCUUAAGCAUCUAUGACCCGACCUUGCCUACCAAAGUGACUACGGACGCUUCCGGUUAUGGCAUUGGCGCGGUUUUGGAACAGCAUGACAGCACAGACUGGCAUCCGGUUGAGUACUUCAGCCAAAAGAUGCCGCCCAUCAACACUCUUGAUGAUGCGAGGAAGAAGGAACUCCUAGCUUUUGUCACCGUACUUAAGCGUUGGCGUCACUUUUUCCUCGGGCGUCGGCGAUUCACGUGGGCAACGGACAACAAUCCAUUGACGUAUUACAAGACGCAAGACACGGUGAGCAGCACGAUUGGUCGAUGGAUGUACUUCAUUGACCAGUUCGACUUCACCUCCAAGCACAUUCCGGGUUCCUCGAACAUGGCAGUGGAUACACUCUCGCGAGGACCUGAUCUUUGCGCCUUGGUGCACUCCACAUUCGGCCUCGACGAGAACCUGCAACGGCACUUCGUAAAUGGCUACAAGUCGGAUUCGGGAUUCUCCACACUCUAUGCGGACUCAUCAUCGGAUCAACCGCCGGCAAGCAACUAUUGCAUUGUCGACGGCUACUUGCUUCUUCAUACACGAGGCAAGGACUUGUUGUGUGUUCACCAAGACCGCAUCCUGUGCACUCGCCUCCUUGGCGAAUACCAUGAUUCGCGGUUGGCGGAACACCUUGGCGUCGCACGCACACUAGCACGACUCUGCCAGCGAUUCCACUGGUCGGACAUCAUCGGCGACGUCAACCGCCACCGCGUUUCGGAAGACAUCGUCAACGACCGCGACACUCGUUUCAUGUCGGCCUUUUGGACAACACUCAUGGUGGAAUCCGGCACCAGCAUGAAACCGAGCUCCGCAUGGCAUCCUCAAACGGAUGGGCAAACGGAACGUGUGCACCAAACUGCGCAGAUGAUGCUCCGCACACUCAUCCGCCCGGAUCAAAAGGACUGUGUUGACCACCUUCCUGACAUCGAGUUCGCCUACAACACUUCGGUGCACCCGACGAUUGGCGUAACUCCAUUCGAGUUGCACCGUGGUGGACGGAAAGGACGUAUCUUUGCAGACAUUUUGCUUCCACGGGCUGCCGAUAUCGACGCCGCUUGCUCCCCCGCUUCUACACGGAAGUACAGGGAACUGCUGGCCAAAGCCCGCGCAAACAUGCAGAAGGCUCAAGUCCGUAUGCAGCAGCAAGCGAACCGGCGUCGCAUCCCAUGUCCAAUUCGCGCCGGCGACCUAGUUUGGGUCGCCUCCGAGGAAUUCGCGCUCGAGCAGGACGUCUCGUGCAAGCUCCUCCCUAAGUGAUCUGGACCAUGGAUGGUCACUUCAGCAGUUGGCGACGACCCCGCGGGUCCAUCUUUCAUCAUUGAGACUCCCCCGCACUUGACGGUCCACCCGAUAUUUCACGCUUCAAAGUUGGUGGUCUACACUCCAGCCUCCGCAGCGCACUUCCCGAGCAGACGGUCACAGGACCCUGCUUCAAUGGAUGGCCAUCACGAGGUCGACCGUGUUUUCACACAUCGCAAGCAUGGCAACAAGCCUAUACAGUACAAAGUUACAUUUAAGCAAUGCGAUC